UGAACCGAGAACCAGGCCACUCGCCAAACCUACUUUGUCCUACUUCCUUCCCUCCUCUCCAUCGCCACCAGGGAAAAUGUCGUCGGAUAUCAAUCUGCUCCUAGAGAAGGCCACAAGCCCGCUGCUGUUGGACAUUGACUGGGACACCACCUUGCACAUUGUGGACCUCAUACGUCAGGGAGACGUCAAUCCCAAGGCAGCUGUGCAGUCCUUGGUGAGCCGCCUUAAGGACAGCAACCCUAAUGUGGUGCUAUUGGCGCUGGAGGUAUUUGAAUCAGUGGUGAAAAAUUGUGGCCAGUCAGUUCAUGAGCAAGUGGCAUGCUGGGCUGUAAUGGAGCAGAUUCAUGAUGUCCUGCGCAUUAAUCCCAGUGUGGAUGUGCGCAAGAAGAUUCUGCUGCUGCUGUCCACCUGGGUGUAUGCCUUCCGCAAUGAACCCAAGUACAGAGCUGUCCAGGACACUAUCAACAUCAUGAAGGCAGAGGGCUACCAGCUUCCCACCUUCAAUGAGAGUGAUGCUAUGUUCACUGCUUAUCGCGCCCCUGACUGGGCUGAUGGGGAGUGUUGCCACGGCUGUCGCACUCAAUUCACUAUGCUGAAACGCAAGCACCACUGUCGUGCAUGUGGCCAGGUGUUCUGUGGGGAUUGCUCCAGCAAGUCCUCCACCAUCCCCAAGUUUGGCAUCGAGAGAGGUGCGAGUGUGUGAGUCUUGCUACGACGACAUCAACAAUGGCUGCCUGGAGGGUGUGGUGAACCUCAGUCGCAGCAGCAGCACUGAAUCUAUUGACACUAAGACCAUCAAACCCGUAGGCACUCUUCCCAUUUUUUGUUGUAGAGUAUUGGUGUAAUUUAUUUAUAUACAACUUGCAGUCAGAGCUUCAUAGAUGUGUACGCAUAAGUAAGGUCAAUUAAUCAGGUGUUUUACCUUUUCGUUUCAUCAUUUUUGUUGCCCUUGGCCAGUUUUCUCCUAUUACAUCAUCAACUCCUUCCUGGCGGAGGAUCUACACCCAACAUGGAAAUUUAAGUCAGUUCGCCAGCUGAAAAAAACUCACUUCUAUGGUUAGUGAUAUGAAAAAAAGAUUA